CAGCAUUAAAAACCCCCACAAAUACAUAUCCAUGUUAGAAUUAUCCGCCCGGACAGUAUUCAUACCCGUUUAACCGAAACCCAAAUUUAGUGCUCUUCUUUUUUAAAAGAACCCCAUAGAUGGAAAGGGAAAAUUAGGAUUCAUAAAAGAGGAACCCAACCAAAUUCAACCCCUAUACAUGCUUUCUUCUUUCCUUCUCACUGCAACAUAAAUGCCUCAGGCUGGUAGUUCAUCACAGAUAAGGUGUCGAUGUGGUCUCAAAGCCCACCAUUUUACUUCAAGUACUCCAGCUAACCCCGGUAGAAAAUUCUAUAAAUGCCCGAGGCCCAAGAUAAUUUCUUGUGAUUUUUGGGAAUGGGAAGAUAAAAUAUUAUGCGAUAGUGCUAUGACUGAAAUAACAGGAUUAACGUCGUCGUUGGAUGUUGUUAAUAUUGAAAGGUACAAAUUGAGAGAAGAAGUAAUUUCCAUGAAAGAUAUGAACCAAUCUGAAGCUAAUAAUGUCGGAAAAUUAGAAGAAAGAGUUUCACUUUUGAAGAUGUUGAUUAUUGCUUCAUGGGCACUAUUUCUGGGAUUCUUUGUCGCGUCUGUGAUGAAGUAAAGUAGCAGUUAUUGAUUUAGUUUAGUAGGCUUUUGUUUGGUUUAGCUUAGUAGGCUUAUGUUUGGUUAAGAAUCUGCAGAUAUAAAAUUGCAAGUAAUGCAUUUGAAGCUUUUUUGUGAUGAAGUUAUGCAUGUAAGCUUAGUAAUGUAUGUAAUGUAUGCAAGAUUUUCAGUGAUGUAUGUAAGCUUAGUAGGCUUUUGUUUGCUUA